CUGCCUAUCUAUGAUCUACUUUGAACACGAGCGAGGUCAUAGUCGAAUCUGAAUCUCGCAUCUCAAUACGCACAUACUCACUACAGAGUGUGUUUGCUGAGUCCAUCGCCCCGUGCAUUGGGUGUCUGCCGCUAGCCGUGCGAAGGUCCGGGGCCCGAGAACCCUUUUAUUUCUCACGGCCAGUGGAUAACGAACCCUCCGAGUACCCUCCCAGUAAUCCUCCGUCUGCGGCGAAGAAACCCAGCCUUCUAACAGACGAUUGUUCUUCAAUUCUUAUCUUGACAGAGCCUCAGUGUCCUCAUUCACCUUCGUCGUCGCUCUCUCGUCGCCGACCACGCAGCUAUGCGCCUUCUACCUCAUUGCUGACGUGAGCCGACUCUUCCGAACGAUCCCCCCUCCAGCCUCACGGUACUGCGAAACCUUUUUCUCGGUCUCACGCAAGUUGUGCCUGAGCAUCGGAAUAGCUAGAAAGAGGUGUGAUCAGUUACAUCUGCACGCCGGCGGCACCCACCUGGUGGCCGACACCUCGCGAUCGCGUUCAGUCACGCACCGACAUAGACUUUUGGCAUCAUGGCGCGAAUACAUUUCACGUCGGGGGAGGACGAAACAAGUCAACCAGAUGUCUCCAAGCCGGUCAAGAGAAUGCGCUGGGCAACGACGCGCAAACCAGGACAGAGUGGUGUGAGCAAAAGGCGUUCUUUACUCGCCAGGGUUCCUAGAGUGACCCUGUCAACUUAUGAAGAGAAACCCCCUGGCCAGGAGAACCAUGGCCAGAUCACGAGCGACAGUCCAAUGGGACAGGAACAACAAGAGGAGAAGUCGCAGCCUCGCACCAUUUAUGUUAACCAAAGCCUUCCGCCAGAAGCGUUAACAGAAGAGGGACACAUAAAGGCUCAAUACGCAAGAAAUAAAAUCAGGACGGCGAAGUACACCCCUCUUAGUUUUGUGCCGAAAAAUUUGUGGUUUCAAUUUCACAACAUCGCCAACGUAUACUUCUUGUUCAUCAUUAUCCUCAGUAUUUUCUCAAUCUUCGGCGCUUCCAAUCCCGGUCUUGGAUCGGUUCCUUUGAUCUUCAUUCUGGUAGUGACUUCGAUAAAGGAUGCGGUUGAAGAUUUUGGGAGAACUGUGCUCGACAACGAGCUGAACAACUCCCCGGUAUAUCGCUUAGUGGACUGGAGUAAUGUCAAUACAUCUGAGGAUGAAGUCUCCCUAUGGAGGCGGUUCAAGAAAUCGUGCACCAGAUCUGUUGUCUCAGCCUAUCGUUGGAUGAAAGGGCUCAGAUCGAAGAAGCAGAAGCGUUCAGAAAAAGAUCUGGAUGGUUCCGCCGCAGAAGGCAGACCAUCAACGGGCACAAGACCGACCAUCCGAACAUCGAUAUAUUCCGAGAGAACAUCCUUCCAUUCCACCCACAGUCAGGGAGAUGAUAUCGCCAUGACACCCGUCCCUUCACCCGGAUAUCGUGCAAGUCUGUCGCACAAUGGUCAAACAUCAGAACCCCCAACCAGCGCAUUCUCCUACGAAACCGCGGAAGAGACCCAGGCCCGGGGGGAUAAUGCUCCAUCAGCUCUUCGUGUCCGAGAGCCUACAAAGCGUAAGAGCAACAUCUUGCCUGCAAAAGAUUAUGGCAGCAUCAUCAAUCCAUAUAAAGAAGUCCCUGAUCGUGCCCGAUUCAAGAAGGAUUGCUGGAAGAACGUCCAGGUUGGAGAUUUCAUUCGUAUCUACAACGACGAACAAGUUCCAGCCGACAUUGUCGUCCUAUCUACGUCCGAUCCCGAUGGCGCCUGCUAUGUCGAGACCAAAAAUUUGGACGGUGAAACAAACCUGAAAGUUCGCCAGGCUCUCCAGGCAGGUCGGAAGGUGAAACAUGCAAAGGAUUGCGAGUACGCGGACUUCAUCAUUGAUAGUGAAGGGCCUCACGCCAAUCUAUACUCGUACAGCGCUGUUGCUAAAUGGCAGCAAUUCGACCCUCGAAACCCGGACGCUCCUCCACGCGAGAUGGCAGAACCGAUCAGUAUCAACAACCUGCUUCUCCGAGGCUGCAGUCUGAAAAACACUGAAUGGGCCCUAGGUAUUGUCGUGUUCACAGGCCAAGAGACAAAAAUUAUGCUGAAUUCCGGCAUGACACCCAGCAAACGCGCCCGAUUGGCUCGUGAGCUAAACUGGAAUGUCAUCUACAAUUUCAUCAUCCUGUUUUUCAUGUGUCUUGUCUCGGGUAUUGUGCAGGGUGUCAACUGGGCCGAGGGUGACAAUUCCUUGGACUUCUUCGAAUUUGGUUCGAUCGGUGGCAGUCCCCCUCUGGAUGGCUUUGUCACUUUCUGGUCGGCUGUGAUCUUGUUCCAAAACUUGGUGCCUAUUUCGUUGUACAUCACUUUGGAGAUUGUCCGGUCGUGCCAGGCCUUUUUCAUUUGGUCCGAUGUCUCCAUGUACUACGAGAGACUUGAUUACCCAUGCACACCAAAGAGCUGGAAUAUCUCCGACGAUCUUGGUCAGAUUGAGUACAUCUUCUCGGACAAGACCGGAACAUUGACUCAAAAUGUCAUGGAAUUCAAAAAGUGCACCAUCAACGGACGACCAUAUGGCGAAGCAUACACUGAAGCCGAAGCAGGUAUGCGGCGUAGACAAGGUGUUGAUGUCGAGGCUGAGGCGGCUCGUGUCAAUCAAGAGAUUGCAGAUGCUCGGACGGAGACUCUAAGACAGCUGCGAAAGACCUACGACAACCCCUAUCUUCAUGACGACGACCUGACGUUCAUUGCGCCUAAUUUUGUUACGGAUCUGAAUGGGCAAUCCGGUGAAGAACAAGCUCGAACUUGCGAGCACUUCAUGAUUGCUUUGGCACUCUGUCACACUGUCAUUACAGAAACAACCCCCGGUGACCCGCCCAGGAUUGAGUUCAAGGCACAGUCUCCGGACGAGGCGGCCCUAGUUGCCACUGCGCGCGACAUGGGAUUUACCGUACUCGGGCGUACGAAAGACGAUCUUCACGUCAACGUCUUGGGAGAGGACCGAACAUACCGUAUCUUAAACACCCUUGAGUUCAACUCUACCCGGAAGCGAAUGAGUGCCAUAGUUCGAAUGCCGGAUGGAAAAAUCAAGCUAUUCUGCAAGGGGGCCGACAGCAUGAUCUACUCCCGACUGAAGAAAGGCGAACAACAAGAACUCCGCAAAUUGACCGCCGAAAAUCUAGAAAUGUUUGCUCGUGAGGGUCUCCGAACACUCUGUGUGGCCGAGAGAGAUCUGGAUGAAGACUUUUACCAAGAGUGGAAUAAAGACCACGACUUCGCUGCCCAGGCACUGACCGAUCGAGAAGAUCGUCUUGAGGAAGUCUCAGACCGUAUCGAAAGAGAGCUCUCACUCAUCGGAGGAACCGCCAUUGAAGAUCGUCUUCAAGAUGGCGUCCCUGACACUAUUGCUCUUCUCGGGCAAGCAGGUAUCAAAUUAUGGGUGCUGACGGGCGACAAAGUCGAGACUGCCAUCAACAUAGGCUUUUCGUGCAACCUACUUUCAAACGAAAUGGACUUGAUCUUGUUUGAUAUUCCUGAGGGAACUGCAGAGGAUGCUGCCAACCUUCUGGAUCAACACCUUAAGACUUUCGGGCUGACCGGGUCUGACGAAGAAUUGGCUGUUGCUCGAACCGUUCACGAACCUCCACCACCAACUCAUGCCCUGAUCAUUGAUGGCGAGUCACUCAAGCUGGUUCUUCAAGACGAAUUGAGGCAGCGUUUCCUGCUGUUGUGCAAACAGUGCAAAUCAGUGCUCUGCUGCCGAGUCAGCCCUGCGCAGAAAGCAGCUGUAGUCCAACUCGUCCGGAGCGGCUUGGACAUCAUGGCUUUAUCCAUCGGUGAUGGUGCCAACGACGUUGCUAUGAUUCAAGAAGCCGAUGUUGGGGUUGGUAUCGCUGGUGAAGAAGGACGUCAAGCUGUCAUGUCAUCCGAUUAUGCCAUCGGCCAAUUCCGAUAUCUGCAGAGACUCGUUUUGGUUCACGGUCGCUGGUCUUAUCGACGACUGGCAGAAUCGAUUGCCAAUUUCUUCUACAAGAACUUGGUGUGGACCUUCGCUCUCUUCUGGUAUCAGAUCUAUAACAACUUUGAUAUCACCUAUCUGUUCGAUUAUACCUACAUUCUAUUGGUCAACUUGGUCUUCACAUCAGUGCCCGUUGGUCUUAUGGGUAUUCUGGAUCAAGACGUCAGCGAUAAGGUCUCCUUGGCAGUGCCUCAGCUGUAUAGACGUGGCAUGGAAAGGAAGGAAUGGACACAAACGAAAUUCUGGUACAAGAUUUUGACCUCUACUGCGAGAUGUUCCAUGCUAAUUUGGCUUUAGGUUGUAUAUGGCCGAUGGACUGUAUCAGUCCGCUAUCUGCUACUUCAUGGCAUAUCUGCUCUUCCAGCCGGCCACAUUUGAAACUGAAAAUGGACGAGGGAUUGCCGACCGUAGCCGGAUGGGCGUCUUUGUCGCCUGCUCAGCAAUUGUGGUGAUCAACUCAUACAUCCUCUUGAAUACCUACAAAUGGGACUGGAUUAUGGUUUUGGUCACCGUGAUCAGCUCUCUUCUGAUCUUUGCUUGGACCGGCAUCUAUUCAUCUUUCGAAGCAUCCUUCCAAUGGUACAAAUCGGGUGCGGAGGUAUAUGGUUCUCUGACAUUCUGGGCAUUAUCACUAUUGACCCUGACACUCUGCUUGCUUCCUCGAUUCUCCGUGAAGUUCUUCCAGAAGAAUUUCAGGCCCUAUGAUAUCGAUGUCGUCAGAGAACAGGUGCGGCAAGGUAAAUUCGACUACCUCGAUGACUACGAUGCAUACGUCCCUCCCAAAAUUGUUGAUGUAUCUGCAACAUCGUCCGAGCGGCCAGAAGAUGGCUCCAAUGAGGCAGACAGAAAUCACGGCCACAAUCGAUAUCCAAGCAUGGCUGAGUCUCAGCGACCUAUUGUCUACCCACCUUCUGAGGCACCAACUCGACACCCUCACAGUCAGACGGGAAGCGACGGGACAGAUAGGACCAGGCCCUCGUUCGAUUUAUCGAGAUACGGUGGUGAUUCACAAACUCCAGAAAAGCUUCGUGCCAGAAGGCCCUCAUUGGAGCGAGUUCGCUCCUCGUUUGAGAGGCAGCGACAGUCGUUUGACAAACUCAGACCGAGCUUUGAACAAAGCCGGGACUUUACAAGUGCCGCAAUGUUGACGAGAAUGGAGUCAGGCUAUUCGGCGUCGAAUUACUCUCAACCACUGACAGGCUACAACACGCGAAGGACGGAAGACAUUGCGGAAGAGCGUCGGUAGCGACCGAACUAUGUCUUGCGUGUUUACCUCGCCUCAUGAUUUCAUGGCCUUUCCCUAGAUUUAUGAUUAUUAUGGCGUCUUGCUUGCUUGGCUGGAUGGGACCGGACGUCCAGGUUCGAGCGAUUGGACUAUUUGAUAGCGGCUCCCUCAUCUGUAUAUAGUUUAAAUCUAUCUACCACAAAAGGUGGAAUGUCGGACUUGAGUAGAAGAAGUGAGGGAAUCCCAAUCGAUAUGUCAAGCUAAAGCUUCCUUUCUCUCGGAAGGUGUGAUGGUAAUACAGCAUUGCCGUUUGCUUUGUGGCCCUUCACUUGAUAUUCAACAGCUUCAUUUUCUU